AUGGAAGAUGGGUAUGAAGGUAGUGAAGGGGUUGGGGAACUUAAUGCUGCCGACGAUGGUUUCGAUGGCGCCCUAGGUUCUGCUGGCCCUAUCCGUCGAGCUAUUCGCUGCAAUAGGGAGUCCCCGUGCUCGCAUUGCCUACAGGCCAAGAUCCAAUGCACACAUGCCGAUAACAAGCCAAGAGAGAAGCGGACCCGCAUUCUCAUCACUCCUCAAUAUGAGAGGAAAAUUGACCUCAUCGACCGUCGUCUCGAUGGCGUCAUCCGGCUGCUGGAGGAUCUCAAGAUGAACUGGCAGCCGGGGCCCUCUAAUCCGUCACAGCAACUGUCCCCGCCUCCUAAGCCUGCAUCUUCGAUGUCGACACCGGGAAGCGCCCCCUCCCAACCCGAGGCGACCGGCCCUGUUGUCGAGGGCGAUUCCUCCCUGACAGCCCACUCCGCAUUCGCCAACCAGUUUUUCCAGGAGGUUGUGAGUACGGAUGAGCUGCAAGAUUCAAGUCUGGAGAUGCGAGAGACCCUGGAUGCCCUCCGUCACAUGGUCCAUAGCCUGAAACACCAAACUGCGGCGAGCGAAAUGUCCUAUCCAAACUCCCGCCCUUCCACCCGGGUCGCCAUUCCCCCUUACGACCUCCCCCAUCCGAAAAUCGGUCGAGCGUACAACUCUGGUGCUAUAUCCAUCUACGAGAACCUCUGUCUUCCUACCUUUUCUGAAUUAUGCCUCCGAGUCUACUUUUCCCCAGACUUUUCAGAGGCCGACUUCAUCGUCGCCAACUUUGGCCUCUACUACCUUUUUAUCCACCAAGCGAAUCAAGCACCUGAAUCCUCCCGCGACGAGUACAUGAGCUACGCGGCGAUGUGCCGGGACAACACCGAGACGGCCCUCUCGAACUUGCCACUUCAUCUGCCAGCGACUUACGAGAUGAUUCUCGCGCUGGCACUUGGUGCCCUGUUCUGGGGUGUGUAUAUGGCUGACAAAGGUCUCGCGCUUCGCAUGGGAAGAGCGUCGUCUAUCCAGGAUUGGGACAUUACCAUUCCUCUGCCGAAGCCCGAGCGGUCGCGUGGCCCUCUUUGGCACUACUUCACCCUGUGGGUGUUAUGUGCCCGCGUACAAGGCAGAAUCUACGAGCUUUUGUACAGUCCAGAAUCCGUGACCCAGCCGGCCCAUGUCCGUCAGUCUCGGGAUUUGUGGCUGAGUGAAAGCAACAAGUCUCUCGGAGAACAUCUCAUGCAGUUUCUGUACAUCUCGGAUGAUGUUUUGCGACUCUCCCUCCUCACGCUCGUCCAGCGCGCUGCCCCACGUAGCGAAACAUCCCGCACAACAUUUACCCAAGAGUGCAUCAAAGCAGCAAGAGCGACGCUUUCGAGGCAUCAGGACUGCAUGAGUGUGCUUGAAGGGGCAAACUCUACUCUAUUCUCCAUCUAUAUCCACUGGACCUUACUUUACGCCCCUUUUAUUCCCUUUAUCGUCAUCUUCUGCCACGUUAUAGAAACGCAAGAUCGUGAGGAUCUGGCGCGCCUUCACGCAUUCAACGUAUCCAUGCAAACAUCGCCGACCGUAUCAGAGGCUGCAGGCAAGAUGUAUCGGUUGUUCCAGGUUCUAUACACGGUAGCCCUGCGCUACGUCGAGUUCCGCACUUCCACCCCACAACCGGAUCAGAUGGAGGCUAGCGCGCAGAUGGACGCUUACCUCUCUGUGCUCGGGUUCCCGUCUGCUCCCUCAGCGGAACCUACCCAGACAGCCAACUUUAUGGCGUCGUCUUUUGGGCCGGAGGGAGUGCCCGGAGGGGGCUUAAAGCCAGGAUUCGAUGGUGCCGUGCGGACGGGUAGCCCGAUGGCGUGGUUGGGCAACGGUGCGGCACAGCUUGAUGACUGGCUAUACAGCAAUUCACAGAUGAUUGGUAUGCUACAAGAGCCGGGAUUCCACUUUCCCAACCAGAAUGACGACGGAAAUGAAAAUGAGUAG